AUGCCUGCAAUCACACCAUGGAAAGCUUCCAUGGAUGCUAACGGCAGCAACGGCCACUUGGGUGGACAAGAGCAUCUGAGCUCGUUUUUCCCCUCGCGCACUGCCGUGAUACCACCCAAUCAAACUGGCACAGAACCCACCCGCCGUCAGCCACUGCCUACUCUCAUCCUACCUUCUGGCAGUGUCGAUCGGAUGCCAGCUGCACCGCCAAGGACAAUCUGCCCUAUCAGAGUGCCCCAGUGCGACGAUGUUCUGGAACCUGAUACAUAA